AACCGUCGCGUAAUACAGACGGUAUUCACAAACGUAAACGCGUAAUACAAAUGUUACGAUGUUUCGAACAUUAAUGUUAAUUUUACCUUUUGGUGAAGCAACAUACAUCAUAUCUCUUUACGGAGACGUUUAUACGGACGUGGAAUUCUUUACAAGGACAUACCCAUGGAUAAUAGAUAACAUUGGGGGAGAAAUAACCGUUGACUACUAUAUGCAAGGCAGUGGAAGAUACUCCGUCCCUCAUAUGUGUGCGUUGAACGAGAUGAAGAUGAACACGUUUCUCCAGGCCCAGUAUUUGAAAUGCGAAGCUGAAGGUAAUCCAACUGAAGUAUGUCUCUGUGAAGCUGGUAUCGAUCCUCAUAAAUAUAAGCACUGUGUCUUAACCAAAGGCAAUUAUGCCAGUUUAUCCGCAUCCAAGUACAGUCAGCUUGGCAUCGAUGCCAGUCCAAUAAUAGAAGUCGGUUAUAAAAACACUAUUUUCGGAGUGGAUGACAGUUGGUAUUUGAAGAAGAUUUGCACUAUAUUUGGCGAUAAUCCACCGAGAGGCUGCCGAAGACCUCUUUCUUGUAAUGGCACUGAAGUUUUUAGUGAUAGAAAAGGAGUCGUCAAUUUUGACUGUUCGUGUUUUGACCUUAAUGUUAAGCAAGACGUUAAAGAAGAAUCACUUCAUACUUAUACCACUAGUACUACACCUACUUCUGAUACUUCUUAUAACUUUAGCCUUUUAUAAAACACUUACGCACUCAGAAAGAUUCAUUUAAUUAUUUCUAAUGAGUAUUUAACUUAAGAUAGAAUCGGAAAGUCAAUUUUUCGUUCAAUUUGCUCUUCACUCACACAUUUAAACACGAAUAAUAUGAAACAAACAAGUAAUAAGUAACAAAUUAAUUCAUUAUAACCGAUCCAACAAUUUUGGAUAUUGUAUUGUCGGUAUAGAAAUUAAUAUUAACUCGAGUGAAAGUUCUUCAGACUGAAUUUGUCUGAUAUCAUCUUAACCAGGACAAAAAUUGUUUAAUGUAUAUUAUAACUAU